GUCCUGCUGCUGCUUGGCUGCGCCGGCGUCCCCAGGGCUCUGGCUUCCUCCUUCUUGACAGGCUCUGUUGCAAAAUGUGAAAAUGAAGGCGAAGUUCUCCAGAUCCCGUUUAUCACGGACAACCCGUGCAUAAUGUGUGUCUGCGUGAACAAGGAGGUGACCUGCAAGUGGGAGAAGUGUCCGGUGCUGUCUCAGGACUGUGCGCUGGCCGUCAAGCCGCGGGGAGCCUGCUGUGAGCACUGCAAAGGUUGCACGUAUGAAGGGGACAGCUACAACAGCUCCUCCAGCUGGCAGAGUCCGGCCCAGCCCUGCGUCCUGCUCCACUGCCAGGAAGGCGUCGUCACGGAGUCCGAGGUGCGCUGCGUGGUUCACUGUGACAACCCCUCGGAGCACCAGGGAGCGUGCUGCCCGACGUGUCCAGGCUGUGUGUUUGAGGGUGUGCAGUACCGCGAAGGAGAGGAGUUCCGGCCAGCGGGAAGUAGAUGCGUCCAGUGCUCCUGUGUGGGAGGCAGGACACAGUGUGUGAGAGAAGUCUGCCCCAUCCUCUCCUGUCCCCAGCAUCUCAGCCACACAGCCCCAGGACAGUGCUGCCCCAGAUGUCUGGGCCAGAGGAAGGUGUUCGACCUGCCUUCCGGGAGCUGCCUCUUCCGCAGCGACGUCUACGACAACGGGUCCUUGUUCCUCUACGACAACUGCACGGCGUGCACCUGCAGGGACUCCACCGUGGUCUGUAAGAAGAAAUGCGUCCACACUGGCGGCUGUGACAGCCGUGACGAGGGCUGCUGUGAAGAGUGCCUGCAGCGCCUCCCCUCGGAGCACGUGGGAGUGUGCAAGUUUGGCAACAAGAUUUUCCGGGACGGAGAGAUGUGGUCGGCCAUCAACUGCUCCGUGUGCGCGUGCGUGAGAGGCAGGACCGAGUGCCAGAGGAAGCAGUGCCUUCCCGUCAGCAGCUGCCCCCAGGGCAAAAUUCUCAACAGAAAAGGAUGCUGUCCUAUUUGCACCGAAAAGCCUGGCGUGUGCACGGUGUUCGGAGACCCCCACUACAACACUUUUGACGGACGGACAUUUAACUUUCAGGGGACGUGUCAGUACGUUUUGACGAAAGACUGCUCCUCCCCCGCCUCGCCCUUCCAGGUGCUGGUGAGGAACGACGCACGCCGCACGCGAGCCUUCGCGUGGACGCAGGCGGUGGAGCUACGGCUGGGCGCGGGCGGCACCGUGAGCCUGCGGCAGCACUUGGCUGUGCGCUGGAACGGCUCGCGGGCGCCCUGCCGCACGGCACACUUCCACAUCCGGCUGGACGGCUACCUCCUGAAAGUGACCACCCGAGAAGGUUUGGAAAUAUCCUGGGAUGGAGACAGUUUUGUGGAAGUCACGGCCGCCCCCCACCUCAGGGGCAAGCUCUGUGGCCUCUGUGGGAACUACAAUGGGCACAAACGGGACGACCUCCUCGGCGGGGACGGGAGCUUCAAGUUCGACGUGAAUGACUUCGCUGACUCCUGGAGGGUGGAGUCCAACGAGUUUUGCAGCAGGCCCCGGAGAAAACUCGCCCCCGAGCUGUGUCCGGGGACGGUGAGGGCCAAGCUCCGAGCCCACCGGGAGUGCCAGAGGCUCAAGUCCUGGGAGUUCCAGACCUGCCACUCGGCCGCGGACUACGCUCCUUUCUACCGGUCAUGCGUGACAGACAUGUGCGAGUGUCCGGCCCACAAGAGCUGCUACUGCGAGUCGUUUCUGGCCUACACCCGGGCCUGCCAGCGGGAGGGCGUCACGGUCCACUGGGAGCCGCAGCGGAGCUGCACAGCCACCCAGUGCAAGCACGGCGCCGUGUACGACACCUGUGGCCCCGGCUGUGUCAAGACGUGUGACAACUGGAAUGAGAUCGGGCCUUGCGGUAAGCCGUGUGUCGCCGGCUGCCACUGUCCCGCAGACCUGGUCCUGCACAGGGGAAGGUGCGUCAAGCCUGUCCUUUGUCCUCAGCGGUGACCUCUGGGCUUGGUCGUUAAGACUUGGAAACUGGGCAUCCCUGACCUCAAAGUGGAAGAGCCCGCGGAGACUGGCCUUGGUGCGCCCGAUUCUGCAAACACGCAGAGUAUACGUGUGUGCAUACAGAGGUGCAGAGGCAUGCCCGGACCGCUCACUUCUAGCUGUAGGGUUAUUAUAUGUAUACCUUUGCUAUCAGACGUGUAUUGUUUCCAGGACCCUAACCCGAAGCCGCUGGGUACUUUGUAUAAAUCCGCUGGCGUGUUCGUUUACUAGACGACCUGCAGACGUGCCGGGGCGCUUUGGCACCGCACACGUUUGUCACUGUCAAGGACAUCUUCUAAGAACCCUCGGUCGCCUGCCUGCACUGUUUCCAGCUGAGUCAGGACUGGUACCCGAGUGGGAGAUGUUCCCUGCAGAGGGCACCUUGACCCAGGGGCAUCGCAUGUCUCCAAAGGAAAGCUUGCAUACCCGAGAGACAGCGGGGCCCCGUGCCGCCCCGAUGGUGCGCGGGAAACCCAGGACAGCUGGGGACUUCCCGGGUCGCAGGCUGAUUUCAAAACCAGUUGGCUAGUUGCCAAGAAGUCCCUAUCUGUCGGUAGGGUGUGGCGAAGAAUCGCAUGCUGUCCCGCCACUCUGCGCACCCUGGCGUCUUCCACGUGUGUGUGCUGGCCGUGCCCGUGGCAGGUGGCGCACUGGGACCACGGGUGUCCGCGUGACAGGCUGAUUUCACUAAGAACCUGAAAGCGUUUGGAGAAACCGUUGCACAGCAGAUGAAACGCCCGAGUCUCUGCGUGGGGAGAUUGAAGAUGGGUCAUCCAGUGUGUCGAGCUAAGCCGUCUACACAGGUGACUGCUCCACCCAGCCGGGAACCCCCUCCGUUCCUGCCCAGUGCUCGCUGGAGCGAGCACACAGGGCUGUGGGUCAGCGUCGGUCAUUUCCCGGUGUUUCUGUCAGCGACCACGCGAUCUUCUCGACCUUUGUUUUCAGUUGAAUAAAUGUCAACAAAACGAAACCCACUGUGUCUAAAAAUAAAGUCUUCUGUGUUGUAG